AUGGAGGUCGCGUGUCCGGCACGGCGCUUGUUCAGCUCUAGUCAAUACCGCCACUAUGCCCUGGAUGAUUUUUACCAGCCAACGGAUCCUGCCAUAGAGGUGGAACGAAGGUGCAGACUCGAGGUGGAAAGAUUUCGCAUUUUGUACAAUUUUGACUUGGAAACGAUGCAACCUUCACAACCUACUGAAGACAAGAGGGGGCCUGGCGAUAAGUCCAGCGAGAAUGGGCGAGUACUAUGGAAAUGGGAGACACUGAAUUCUACUGCUGGUCACGUGCCUUUGUUUUAUCGCAGCCAAACGAUAAAAGUUCGCAGAACGCGGCGCGAGUCCGAAAUCCAGAGAAUCGAGCACCGGUCCGAGUCGCCUAAGAAGAUAUACACGACUGUUAGGCGUGAUAGCAAAUCCAGCACUGUACCUCAAGGCAAGCAACUAUCUGGCGCCCAUCUGCACGUGAACAACAUACCGGAAAUGACAUGUGGGAAAGCGGAAUUUCCAACUCUCUUCAUCCUAUGGCUUCCUCGAAUACGGAGGUGUUCCAAUCCCGAGACAGAACCCAAACGUGCAGUACUGAAAUUUGAGGCCCCCCGAAUCCAAAGCUUUGACAAGUUCUUUACUGGCAGUGGAGCGCAGUUUGUGCGGUCGAAAAGUUGCGAACAGCGGGUUGAUAAGAGAUCCAGUAUUAGACGGGCUACCGAAAGUUGCAGUCGUACUUCCGACAGACAAGACAUCGAGGAUCACUUUUUUUGGAGAGGGAAAUCUUGGAUUGCGGAAAGACGAAGGUGCAAUGCUUUGCAUUCUUCUUCGGUAGAUGUAACUCAGAGGAGUGAACUACCCUCCUUGGGGAACCGAACGGCCCCACUCAAGUGUGACCUACCGUGUUCCCACUGA